AAAACGGCUGUUCCCAAGCCUCUGCGUGGCGGAGCUGCUCGCCUGGCUGCUGUGCUCCCCUGAGCCGCAGACAGCAUGCGGCGCGCCCGGCUCAGCAGGAGGGAACAAAGAUUUCGCAGAGCCCGUGCUCCACGAGAGAGCUUCUGUCAUGAUGGCUUCCAUAGAAUCUCGAAGUUACACGGAAGCCAUUAACCACUCUGUGGUGAUGUCUGACAGCGCUGUGGGCACUAACCCUGCUGUGCUGAGGGCCAGCAUGCAGACGGAUCCUUCCUUUCAGCGCUGUUUUGCAUCUUCAUGUACUGUUUCAACUAACAGUCCUAUUCCAGGGGGAGAAAGCUCUUCUGCAACAGAAUGUCCUUGGCUUGAAAGCAGCCCUAAAGCUUCCCCAUCGCUCCAGCUUUCAGUGGGAAACAGCAGGUCACCAGGAGGUUACCUUGGGCCCUCUGAAUUUUCAAACGCCGUGCAAGAUGUUUCUCUCUUGUCUCAUUUCCAAACUCCAGGACUGCAAGUCGUCACCCUGAGCAGCCUGGAGAAUUCACCAGCAGAGCCACAGCAAGAACCUGCUGUCAGCAGCAGUGCCCGGGCCUACCUGAGCUACAGUGGGGGCAACAGGGGCAGUAGCUCCCCCCCAGAGGAGAAACAAGCUACUUUCAUAGCCAAUGCUAACAUCUCUCCUAAAACCAUGAGCUCAUCAGUGGCAAGUGCCGAGGACAGUGGCUUUUUCACACAAAACUUUCUUACAGUGGCCUCUGGACACAAUAGCCAGAACAGUGCAGUUCAGCAGCACUAUGGAGGGAACUUAGAUGCUCAACCGCCUCUUCCAGAGAAAAAGAGGUCCUCUGAAGGAGACCGUUCCUUUGCCUCCGUGUCACCUUCUUCAAGUGGCUUCUCUAGCCCCCACAGUGGAAGCACAAUCAGCAUCCCCUUCCCAAAUGUCCUCCCAGAUUUCUCAAAAAUGUUAAGCACUUCCCCAGUGCCAGAAAACACAACUGAUAAACACGUGACCGUAAAAUUUGUCCAAGACACAUCCAAGUUCUGGUAUAAGCCAGAUAUUUCAAGAGAACAAGCCAUUGCUGUUCUCAAGGACAAGGAACCUGGGUCAUUCAUUGUUCGAGACAGUCAUUCUUUCCGGGGAGCCUAUGGGCUAGCAAUGAAAGUUGCUACACCACCUCCUUCUGUGCUGCAGUUAAACAAGAAAGUUGGAGAUUUGUCAAAUGAACUUGUAAGGCAUUUUCUGAUUGAAUGCACUCACAAGGGGGUGCGCUUGAAAGGAUGCCCAAAUGAACCAUAUUUUGGGAGUUUGACAGCUCUGGUGUAUCAGCAUUCCAUCACUCCACUGGCAUUGCCCUGCAAGCUCCUCAUCCCAGACAGAGAUCCCUUGGAGGAGAUAGCAGAAACUUCUCCACAAACUGCUGCAAACUCAGCAGCGGAGCUUCUCAAACAGGGUGCAGCAUGUAACGUUUGGUACCUGAAUUCAGUGGAGAUGGAGUCCCUCACAGGCUACCAGGCAGUACAGAAAGCCUUGAGCCUGACACUGAUGCAAGAUCCUUCUCCCAUCUCAACUGUUGUCCAUUUCAAGGUGUCUGCGCAGGGAAUCACAUUGACAGAUAAUCAAAGAAAACUCUUUUUUCGGCGACAUUAUCCAGUCAACACUGUUAUUUUCUGUGCUUUGGAUCCACAGGACAGAAAAUGGAUGAAAGAUGGCCUUUCUGCAAAAGUAUUUGGGUUCGUUGCCAGGAAGCAAGGCAGUGCCACAGACAACGUAUGCCACCUGUUUGCAGAGCAUGAUCCAGAGCAACCUGCCAGCGCCAUUGUGAACUUUGUAUCAAAGGUCAUGAUCGGAUCCCAGAAGAAGAUCUGAUGCCUUUCCAUCCUUGACUCAGAGCUCUUCACUGAAGGAAAGCACUGUGAGAGGGAAAAAGCCUAUUCAGCAGCAAUG